AGCCGCAGCAUCUGACAGAGGAGAGGCUGCAGCCAUGGGGCAGCACCGGGUUCAGACCGGACCACUGUAUCCCUGUCUGAUUGCAGCUUUCUGUGGUUCUCAGGUUGAAGUCGCAUCAUGACAGAACUGGAAGCCUCUGGGACGGGGGAGUCUCCCCCUUCAUACAUGAUAUUUCUGGUGGUCUUCUUCUUCUUUCUGACUGGACUGCUGGGCUUCCUCGUCUGCCACCUGCUGAAGAAGAAGGGCUACCGCUGUCGAACAGGAGAUAUGCAGGAUGAAGAGGAGGAGGAGGAGCAGGAAAGACUUGGGGAAAAUGCAGAAGACGACAACGAUGAGAACCAGGACACCGUGGAGCAGAUCCUCAAAUGUAUUAUUGAAAAUGAAGCUAACAUGGAGGCCUUCAACGAGAUGCUGGGAAACCACAAUGUGUGUGUUCGCCAUGAUCCCAGGUUGCGUAAGGAGUCCAUCGGUGGUGUUCCUCCUCAUCUCCACACAGUCCACUCAGGAAGUGACCACAACUCAUGCCACCUCUGUGCCCAGGUCCGAUCUAAGAAGGGCCGUAGACAAAGCAGGACCCCCCGCUUCAAGCAGCGACCCGGGGAGCAGACCGUCUUCUCUGUUGGAAGGUUUCGGGUGACACACACUGAUAAAAAGCUCCAUGGAGGUCCAAAUCCAUUGGCUGUUUCGGGAGACCAGCUGGACCAGUCCAGGGACAGCGAUGAGAGGAAGGAAGGCGGUUACAACCUGAAGAGUAUGUUCAAAGAAGUCCGACCACUUCCUGAAGGAGCCAGCGGAGUGGCUGCAAACAUGGGAAAACCCAAAAAGAGCCUAACUAUCUUCAGUCUGCGUCGAGGUAGUGAUCCUGUGGGCUUAAAAGUAAAAGAGGGGCCAGGGGGAGUCAGAUUCUCCUUUCAGAAGCCCCUUGUAGUGUUAGAGGAACCUCUACCAGAUCCUGAGCAGAACCAAAGGGCUGCUGUCAGAACAGGUUCUCCCUCUGCUCAAAGGAAGAAAGUGGACCACGACUCCAGCUCCGGUCCACAGGAAGGAUCUAAGACUCUGACUGACCCCCCCACCUGUCUUCCUGUUUCCCCUGAGACAAACGUUAACGCUGAGAAUGAAACGUUAAAGACUAAAGAGGCGCCGCUCCAGACCUCAACACCCAUCGGUUCCACGCCUGCAUCCGUUCCAGGUUCCACCUCUGCGCUCCUCCAGACCUGCUCUGACCCCUGCUUGAGUCCAGACCAAGAAGCAGGUUCUAGAUUUGGCCCGCCUAUAAUAAGUUUAGGCUCAUCUCCCCAAAUGUCCCUCCCAAACAAAACCAUGUCCUCCGUUUCUUCGUUAAAAUCUCUGAACUCGUCCCUGGCAGAGUCUCCGAGUCCUAAAAGUAGAUCAAGAAGCAUGGCAUCAGAGACUGCUGACCAAAGUCUGUCCCUCGCAGGUCCACCUCAUCCUGCCCUGAAUGUAGACCACGUGACAACAUCUGCAACCAAUCAGGACCCUGGUUCAGUUCCUGUAAAGGAACAGAAGCCAGAAAGACUCAAAACCCUGAAGCUUGACGGGAAAACAGAAAUAAAAAGAGCUGGAAUCCUAAAAACUGCUAAACUGUCCCCAGACGCUUCUAAAGGUCCUGGUCUAUCCCCUCCUUCUGAUCCAGGACUGAGGAGUCUGCCUUUGUCUCCUGGCAGUCCUCUGUCCCUGUCCUCACCUAAAGUCAGCAGAAUAAGUAGUGUAGCCAUCGUUAAAGCCAGCCCCGACAGUAAGAGAGAGUUCUCCGUGAUCACCCUGCUGGAUGAAGAAGAACCGUCCUCUUCAUCUAAAGACCAGCAGAAAGAGCCUGCUGCGGGUGCAGAAGAAGGAUGUGGUCCAACCUUAGGAGCCAGGGCUGCUCCGGGUCCAGAGAGAGACGACCUGAUGGAGAUGGAGGACAUCAAAGACUGUAAGGUCACACAUGUGGGAGGAGCUAAAAGGAUGGAGGAGAGGGGGGAGGAGCUGAAAGUGAAGCAGCAGGUCAGACCUCCAGAGGAUGAGGAGAAGAUGGAGCAGGAACACGGACACCGCAGAUCAUUCUGAACUUCACUUCAGACGUCUGUCACUCAGAAACUGCACUUUGUAUUUCAACCAUGUUUGUUUGUUUGUCACAUCAAAUGGACACAGCCCAGCUGACUAAUCAGUCCAUGACUACAGUGACUUGCAAAAGUUUUCAUCCCUUCUAUAACCUCACAGUGUGAUGAAAAUAAAUAAAUAAAUAAAUCUAAAAAAAAUAAUUCAGAUGAAUGAAAUCAAACUGUGGAAAAAUAGUUUUAAAUAAAUUUAAACAGUAAAAAACUGAAGUGGUGGAAAGGGUAAGAUUUGUGAAGGCAGAUUAUCUCUGGUCUAGAGAUAAUCUAUCUCUUACAAUGCUUUAAAUCAGCACAUACCCCCUUCAGUAGAGUACCCCUUACAAUGCUUUAAAUCAGCAGGGUACCUCUUACAGUACUUUUAAUCAGCAGGGUACCCCCUACAGUAGAGUACCCCUUACAAUGCUUUAAAUCAGCACAUACCCCCUUCAGUAGAGUACCCCUUACAAUGCUUUAAAUCAGCAGGGUACCCCUUACAAUGCUUUAAAUCAGUAGGGUACCCCCUACAGUAGAGUACCCCUUACAAUGCUUUAAAUCAGCACAUACCCCCUUCAGUAGAGUACCCCUUACAAUGCUUUAAAUCAGCAGGG